AUGUAUUCUCUCAACGGGGGCAUCUCUCCAGGCUUUCUGCCCAUGGAGCCACAAGAUGCUUUUCUCGACACCUGGGCCACGCAGCAAGCUGUUUCCGAAGCAUCUCGACGACGAUCUCGAAGCAGUGUACAAUAUUCUGGGCCAUCUAUGAGAGUGGUGAAGCCCACCAGCGCCAACAACAGCCCAAGAAGACCCGCUGCAUCUCAACGAAGACCCAUGGUUGUCAACGACAACCAACUCUACAAGCGGCCCGAGCAGCUUCCCAUCUCUCGACCAGCAAACCCCAGAACCUCACGACCUGUUAGCUGGCAUCCCAGCUCACAAUUCUACGGAAUUCCAACCAUCAAUCAACUGCCGCAGCAAUACUACCCUCUCACCACUCCUCGGUUAUUUCCUGACCAGCAGGACGCAUCCACGGGAUGUCCUUCGCUGUCACCAAUGAUGACCUCCUAUUCACCCAACACAUCUCCCUCAUCUGGAUUCUCCCCUCUUCCUGUUGAGUACCCAGGUACUGUUCCCCAAUAUCUGAACCCUACCGGCUGGGAUACUAUCAACACCAACAACAAUGGAUCAUAUUUCCCCAUGUACACGGAGCUCCCAGCGAACGAGACGCCUGUUGCGGAGUCCACCGAGUGGCAACCAUACAUGCAUGGUCUCGGCAAUACUACACCUCCUACUCCCGACUCGACCAUGUACUCUCAACAGCCCCAGCCUGCAGUCUCUGAAGAUCCAGCUCGCUAUGACACACUUGAAGAGCCCGAGGAAGAGGGGGAGAUUCUCGUUGGAAUGGGCCUUUACGAUGCUCCAGAGAAAUAUGAUGAGGAUCCUCAACUGAACAACUACCGAUCUACUACUUCAUCCCUCUUCAGCUCCACCUACCGUUCCAAUGAACCCACCGGAAAGGGCCUGAAGCUCGAGGAGACCUGGGAGCCUCCCACCUCUGAUGGAGAAGGGGAGGAUGACGAGGAGGAAGAGGAUGAUGAGGAUGCCUCCGAAUAA